AUGUCUUCUUCUGCAGUACCUACCGUUUCCACUGCCAUGUCCAUUUCAGCCAUCACAAGUAAUUCUACUGCAUCCAUCUUUCCCCCUUCACCACCCCCUUCAGCUGGUCGUUCUCGUUACUAUCAUCAUCAUCAUCAAAAACCUUACGAUCGACCAUCACAACAAGUUGCCACUAGUACUACUGCAACACCUACUACUACUACCACCCCAACAAUGCAACACCAAUACCAUCAUCAUCAUUCAUAUCAGCAGCAACCUGUGACAACAACAACAGCAUACCAACCUCCACUUUUGGGAUCGCCACCCACAUCACCUGAAGACAAUGAUUUCAACUCGCCACCUUCAUCGCCUUAUCCGCACCAUAGCGAUUUGGUACCACUGACGUUGCAAGAACGCCGCCUGCGUAACAAGGCUGCUUCAGCCAAGUAUCGCCAAAAGAAGAACCAGCAACAAAAUGAGAUGCGACAAAUGAUUUGUAAUCUCAAAGAGCAAACAGCUGUGCUGAGCCGUAAGGUGCAGGAGCUGCAAAUGGAAAACGAGCGUCUAAGAACGGAUAACGAUAAAUUGCGGAGCAAGAUGGUGGCAAAGAAAAUGUUACGACAAUGGAUCGGGCGUCAUCAUCAUCAACAACAACGAAAAGACAUUACCCCAACAUCUUCCUCCUCUGCUUUUCAGGCCGUCUCUAAACGAUUACAAGAGGAUGAAGAUGAAUUGGACGAUGACCUUGAUUUGGAUCUUGAGGAUGAUGAUGCUUAUCCUUUUGCAUAA